CUAUAGCAAACUCCACAGAUGUAUUUUGUCUUUCCUGCGACUCCGCAAACGCCUGUGAUUGGUCAGGGCCUCCGGAGGCGGGCCCCGAGCAGAGCGCGGGGUUCUCCCGGGCAAUCUGGGCUGCAGCGCGGUGGGCGACAUGUCCGGGAAGGGCGGGGAGAAGCGCGGAGACAAGGAGGGAGAAGACACAGGUGCUACCCGCCCCUUCAACUUCAGCCCGGAGCCCACGCUCGAGGACAUCCGCCGCCUCCAUGCUGAGUUUGCUGCUGAAAGAGACUGGGACCAGUUCCACCAGCCUCGGAACCUCCUCCUGGCCUUGGUGGGAGAAGUGGGGGAGCUGGCAGAGCUCUUUCAGUGGAAGCCUGAUGCAGAGCUUGGCCCCCAAGCCUGGCCCCCCAAGGAACGGGCAGCCCUUCAAGAGGAGCUCAGUGACGUCCUCAUCUAUCUGGUAGCAUUAGCAGCCCGCUGCCGUGUGGACCUGCCCCGGGCCGUGCUCUCCAAGAUGGACACCAACCGGAGACGCUACCCGGCACAUCUGUCCCGGGGCUCUGCCCGCAAGUACACAGACCUGCCCCAGGGGGCCACCUCUGAAGACCAGGCUGUGGGGACUGCAGACCUGGCCUGUGAGUCCACAGGCAAGGCCUCAACCUAGAAAUGUGGGCCCAGGACCUACAACUCAGCAUGGCAACAUAGGUCAUCCGCCUGGGGGCCCCACUUCCUGAGGUCUGAGGCUCAAGAACCUCCGGAAGACAGCCUCCUGGGAUUUUUCUCACUCAAUAAAAGUUUUGUGUAGCAACUUCUGGAUUCUUCCU